GUCAUCGUACACAAUCGCGCUGCAAUUUACAUUCACGCCGCGACCAACGGUCGAGUUUCGAAGCGAAGCGGCCCCAUACGACGACGGUUUGGUUAGGUUAGGUCGCUAACUACGACCAAUUUUAUCAGCGGGUCGCGUUAUAUUGCGCAAUUCUCGCCAACACAAAUCUUAAUUAUUCUGAAGGAACGUUCUCGAAUGUAAUUUUAAAUUCAUUACCCCAGAAAAAUUGGCUUAAUUAACAAGUGACCGCCGCCAUAGUGAGACUUCAUUCUUUGGAUUUUUGUUUGUGUUUCACCACUUAAAAAAGCAAAUAAAAAUGUUCACCUGCGAAUAUUGCAACCGCUCGUUCAGCCGUAAAGACCACCUGGCGAGGCACGGGGACUGUCGCGCAGCAGUACAAAUUUGUGACGUUUGCGGCGGGAUAUACAAAUCCGAGGGGGCUCUCCGACGCCAUAAACGCGAGAAGCAUGAGGUUCCCAAGGCGAAAAGACCCGCCGCCGCCCCUAUUGCUGCAGACGAACCCAAGCGCCCGAGACUUGACCUACCGGAAGCUUCGACAUUAUCAUCAUCACCAUCAUCCACGCGCCAUUGUACGCAGUGUAACUUGACCAUUCCUGCAAUGAGAUGGCAAGGACACUUGCGUACUUUGGCUCACCGCCAAAAAUGCAGCGUGGUGCAGGAGCCAGGAGUAGAAAUGAUACGGACCUCCUUCCGUAACCGCAUAGUUACAUACCGUCUGGCGUCCACCGUUAACCCUACCGACGUUAAGGGCUUCUUGGACCACCUUAGGUCCAAAAUCCUUACGUUGGUAGAGUCGAACGUCCGACGCUACGGCAACGUAAAAGUCGGUAUGGAGCUAUUCGGAAACUUCCUCUUGCAGACGAAGGAACAAGAGGAGGUCAAGUCCUUCAAUACCAAAUAUCGGCUGGUGAGCGGAAACACCGAUCUGGAGGAGCUAUACGUCCAGUUCGUCGACAUCUUGGCUACCAAAGCGUCCGAGUUUCAGGAAAGGGACAGCGGUAUGAUUCAUAAAAAUGUAUAUUUCCGAACUAAUUUCUUUCUCUUUUUUACAGGCUGGGCGUUGGAGGAACUUCUCCAUUUAGAAAUAGGGAUUAACAAGUACAAUCCCCUAAGGGCGUCGUCCUAUGUUAACCUGCCCAAGGAAAUCGAAGCCAAAAAAGCUGUUUUGAACUUGCAAAAUACGGACGAAAAAUGCUUUAUGUGGUCGAUCUUGGCUGCUCUUCACCCAAUUCACUGGACAAAUAACGCUAACAGGGUCAGUAACUAUGUAGAAUUUCAGAACGAGCUGGAUUUUACAGGUAUCGAUUUUCCCGUUAAACUUAAGGACAUAUCCACUUUUGAACGACUUAAUGAAAUUUCGGUCAAUGUCUAUGGCCUCGAGAGAGUCUAUAACAAAGUCCGUAAUGAUGUUGAGGUCGUUGGUCCUUUGCAUUUUACUGAAUCUCGUAAAGAGAGACAUGUAAACCUAUUAUUAAUUAGUAAUAACUAUGUAGAAAAUCAUUAUUGUUUAAUAAGAAGUAUGUCUCGGUUGGUUUCAAAACAAUUAACUAAAAGGUCCUCUACAAAGUUUUUAUGCGAUGGGUGUUUGGUUUAUUUUUAUAACGAAGAAAAACUAAAGCGUCAUAAAGAACACGACUGCACUCACAUUUCCAUCAAACUUCCGACCACCGAAUUGCGCAAGGAUAAAUACGGUAAAGAUGUUCCCGCGAAUAAGCUGAAAUUUGAAGAAUUUGAAAAGAAAUUAAAAGUUCCUUUUGUUGUGUACGCGGACUUUGAAACAGUCAUGACUCCUUUACAGGUGGAAGGCGAACCGAAUCCCGACAAAUCGUUUACCGUCAAAACUCAUAUUCACGAGCCUUACUCUUUCGCCUACUAUGUCAAAUGUGACUUUGACGAUUCCCAGUCUACUUUUAAACAGUACAGAGGUCGGGGCGCACACAAAAUUUUCAUUGAAUGGUUGGAGAGCGACUGCAAAGCGUUCUACAACAAGUUCAUGAAAACUUCCGUGCCCAUGACCACUCUAUCGUUUGAACAAGAGACCGGCUUUCGAAACGCUGUGCUUGUCACAUUUGCGAGAAGCCAUUUAAUGCAGAGGACGAAAAAGUAA